AUGCUUGGGAACGAUGAUCAAUCUACUUGUCCUAAAACACUGAAAACUGCACGUUAUAACGGUCCUCAUCAAGAAAAAUUUUAUAUAAAUCGAAAUCUUCAAGGACAGUUCAAUGAACAAGAAUAUAUUAAUCCUGGACAAUAUUCUGAACAGAGUUUUAUUUCUGAUCAAGCCAUAGCACAUUCUAUCGAUACUCGUCUACCUGUGAUUAGAAUACAUUGUAAUCCUGCUCUCCGAUCAAAGGAAGCUGGUGUUCAGUUUAUAAAAGAUUUUAUGAAAUAUAUUGAAUUGAAUUUUCGUAAAGAAUAUCCAGGUCAUAAAGAUCUAAUUGGAUUAGAUCAGUGGUGGUUACAAGGUGAUGGAAAUUUUUUUUGUGGAGUUACUGACGAUAUUGAUUUUUAUAUGUAUUUAAGCGAUGAUAGUCAUUACCCAUUUUCUAUUGGUAGUGUGCAGAUUAAGCUGGAACCACCAAAACAGCUACCUGCACAGAAUUCUGUUGUAAUCAAGGUCGUUCCUAUUACUAUUUCAAAAGAUGAUGUAUGUGAUGAGAUGAAAUCACGUUUUUAUUCAAUAUUUAUGGUUAAUGAAACGAAAGGAACUAUUAGAUCAAGUGCUCGACAUAUUCGUGUUAUCUUCAAGCAACAAAAUGAAUAUGAGAAAAUUCUCUAUGAGGGGAGAAUUGUAAUUCAAGGACUUGUACUUGACGUCGACGAAUAUUUACCUUCACCAAAGAUUCUUAUUUGUAUGAAAUGUAAUUUACCUGGUCAUAUUAAGAAAGCCUGUCAAGCUCCUUAUUCUAUAUGUCGACGAUGUGGUCAAGAUAAAGAUAACGGGGAUAACCAUACUGAAUAUGUGAUUCAGUGUUAUCAUUGUGAUGGUAAUCAUAUAUCGACAGAUUACAAGUGUCCUACAAUAGUUAAUUUUCGGAAAAAUCUUUUAGAUAAAUUAAAAAAUAAUGCUGACAAACUACUAGUACAUGUACGUAUGUUUAUUCCAAUUGACUGUCGAAAGCCCAAUGAUCGUGAUCGAAUUCUAACUUCCUCUCGUUGUGAAUAUUCUGCUCCUCCUAUCACUACCACAAGUAAUUCUUCAUAUCUUCCAACUAUGAAUUAUUGGACUAGUCAACAAGAAGCGGCAAAUGCAUCACUGUCAAAGGGAUAUUUGGAUUCGGCAAUUAGAGCAUUUGAUAAUGAAUUGAAUAAGAUAAAGAAAGAUUUUGACGAAGAAAAAAAAAAAUCAACGGUUUAUAUGAAAAACAAAUUGAAACGGGUAAAAAAGGAUGGCUUAUUCUACAACAGCAAGUCCGUGCAUAAAAUGAAUGCGUAG